CGAUGGAAAGGAAGCUAAGUGGCUAAGCUAGGACUUCGUAGUUAACAUUUUUUUUUCGUGCCAAAAAGUAACUUCUGGAAUGUCCGCGGCUCCCGUUCAUAAAGUAGCUUUCGGCAGCUCUAAGGAGAGGAAAUUAUUCCCUCUCUAUUACGGCUCAGACCGGCUGGGAAUUAAAAUGCAGCGACAGGACGCGCCGCACCUCGGCCCCGGUUGCUAUGACAACCACGAGUAUGGAACCAUACUUGACACCAUAAAGAAGAAACCACAGAGUAAGAGAGGAUAUGCUCUCUCUGCAAGAACUGCCGCUCGAUUUCCACCUUUAAAUAAGACAGCGACUCCCUCGCCACAGCAGUACCAGAAGGAUCAAAGCAAGUCCGAAGUCCUCUCUCCUGGAAAAACACCUUUCAACUCAACCACGAGCAGGUUCAAAAGCUCAACUGACAGCAACCCAGGGCCUGGUAUGUACACUCUGGACGGAGACACAAACAGGAAAGUGAGCUGGCCGAUGUGCUUCGGAAGGCCGGACUGGACCGCGCUGCCUCAGCCGGAGAACAAGUCUCUCCGGGUGAUGCUAACCAGUGAAAAAGAGUUCAUCAAACAAAGAAACAGGGUGGCUUACCUGAGUCUGUACUAUUAACUCUGAAGACAAGCUCAGUGGAUGUCAAGAAAAGAUGAAUUUGUUAAAGUAAAAAAAAAAAAAAAAUACAUGUGUUUUUCUUCAUAAAAUGACUUGAUUCUCAUCUGGACAGAAAUUCC